AUGCCCCUUGCUCUUCAAGGGAUACCUCAGCCUCCCGAUACGAGCAAUUGCUUGUUCCAGAUUCCCCCUGGUUCCAGUCUACCAAGCGAGCUUGAAGUGCCUCUUCCACCGACGGCCGUGUUUUUGAAUGAUACAAUUGACUGGGAAGCGGUAGAUAAAAUUUUGGAGAAACACCCGUUUUUAGCCAAGGCUAUCAACUUAGGCACAUCCAGACACAGGGACGCCUUUUUCUUGGCUUCUCUGUGGGAUAUCUCACAUCUCGUGCAACAAAGAGCGCCGUGUACUUUUGAGUACGAGACUAAGUAUAUUAAGGCAACCAACGGCGACAAAGAUCUCAUUGAAUGUAAUUUGACAUGCAACCUCCCAGGUGUACCUCCGCUGAAGACCAGUGCGACUUCCACCCAAAAUGCUCGAGCCACAAAUGCGGCAAUUUUGCAACUACUUCUCCUGCUCGAAGAGAAGCAACAAUUGGAUGCCUUAUUAUCCUUUGUAGCACCAAAAUGUAUUUCAAAAGACGUAAAGAAAGAGUUGAGCAAUACUAAUGUUCAGCCCACAGAUACGGCACCAGUAAUGGCAUCGUCGGAAAUAUCAAACCUGAUAGCACGAUUAGCAGCACGAAAAAACCUAGCAACAGAACCGACACCAGUAGAGGAGCCACAAGAAGAAAUUCCACAUAGUAGCCAUGUCACCCGCGAGGUUUUUAACUAUGCAGCAAGAUACCUACAUGUUCCUAGAUACACAGUUAAUGUCCAAAAGCGUUCCAAAAGAUAUAUUUCGAACAAUUUCACCAUGUCAGGAAAGGUUAGAUCUCCAAAGAAAUUUUUUACCGUUGAGAUCUCCUUGCCUGAACAUGGCAUCCAUGCAACCGCAAUUGGAGACUCUCUCGGCCUCGUGGAGGCCCAGGCUUGUGUAAAUUUCAAAAAACAAGCUGAAAAAUAUCACAUUGCAAAUGCCGUACCUUCUGAUCCAUUCGAAGGACCAAUCUUUCUAAGCACUGGAAAUGCGAAAAACUUCAUGGAUUUCUACAAUGAUCACAAUGCUAAAAUAGCCAUUAACGUAAUACGCGAGGGCGGUCUUUGGACAGGUCAAGCCUUUGCUAAAGAGUCUAAAACUAGUGCUCAUGAACUAAUUGGCCAGGUCAUUAAAAGAAACAGUUCUCAUGGUCUUGAAACGCUAACUCUACUAGUGGCUGCAGUCACAAUAGUCAAGCAACGACCUGAGCUACUCUUGCGUUAUAUGGAGAAUCUAGACUCAAGAACUGGAAAGUACGUCGGCAAAGCUCAGCCUAUGGAGCUUGAAGUACAGCAGAGUAGUCAGCAUCUAAUGCAGCGUACGGUAGAAACUACUUCAAAGUUAGGUUCAUCUACACCACUUACGGAUGAACCUGUGGGUUAUGAUGUCUCUUUUUUUCCACGUCCCCUCGAAAAUCCCCUUUUAUAUUUUGGCAUAAGGACUGAGCGACGUUCCCGUGAUUUGCUUAUGUGGUACCGCCAAAGGCUGGCUGGAAAACGCCGCGGGACUUUACUUCCUUUAAACAAGCAUGCUUCUGAGGUACUGAGCCACGUUGAAAGCAAUCAAUACUCAAUUAUCGUCGGGAAAACCGGGAGUGGAAAGACGACUCAACUGCCUCAGAUCAUUUUGGAUGAUUGUAUUCGCAAAUGGAAAGGUGGAACAUGCAGGAUCAUCUGCACACAGCCGCGAAGAAUAGCGGCGACUUCAGUAGCUCAACGUGUCGCCGAAGAACGCGGUCAAGAGUUGUGCGAUCAAGUGGGAUACAAAAUAGGUUCCAAUGCCAAGCUUCCCAAUCUUAGAGGAAGCAUCACAUAUUGUACCACAGGAAUCGUCUUACAACAAUUAAUUCACUCUCCCGAUGAUCUACUUGAUAACAUAUCGCAUCUUAUUAUUGAUGAGGUACACGAGAGAGAUAUAAGUAUUGAUUUUCUUUUGACUAUGUUAAGAAAACUUAUAAAAGAGAGAAUAGAAUCCGGGAAAAGGAAUCCUAAAGUGUGCUUCAUGAGCGCCACCGUGGACGCUGAAAUGUUUCAAGAGUACUUCGCUUCAACGGCAUCGACCGUAGGAGAUGUUUCCUGCCCAAUUCUUCAUGUUGAGGGUCGAGCUUUUCCAGUCGAAAGGCAUUAUCUUGAGAAUAUCAUGGACAAUUUCAAAGAAACAUAUCCAAGAAACCAUGCCAUUUGGGGCCUUCUUGAUUCUAGUCCGACUCAACGUUAUCUGAAGAGUGAAGAAAAUGAUAAGAAAUCCAAUCCGCCGGUUGGUGUUGAGAGAGAGAAGGUUGACUCUGUGAUUAGAUGGGACAGCCACGACGAUGAUCCCGAUAGUCUACAAAAUCAGAUGAAAAUGGAUCUUGUGGAGGGCCUAAUACCUGUUGAUUUAGCUGCCGUUGUGAUUGCACACAUAGCGCAAACCACAGAGGAUGGUGCAAUAUUACUUUUCUUGCCAGGCUUACGGAGUAUCAAUGCAGUUGAAACGAUCCUCAGGACGCAAAAAAUUCUUGAUGUAGACUUCAACAACGAGGAUAAGUUCAAGAUUUUCAAAUUACACUCUUCUACUUCAGAUGAAAAUCCAGAAGUCUUCAAGCCAGUUCCCCAAGGUUGUCGAAAGAUCAUUCUAGCCACGAACGUGGCUGAGACUUCGAUCACCGUCAACGAUGUCCAAUAUGUCGUGGAUACUGGGAAGCACAAGGAAGAUAAUUUCCACCAGAAGUUACGAAUUUGGUCAUUGCCUUGUAAAUGGGUUAGCAAGUCAAGCGUGAAACAGAGAUCUGGUCGAGCGGGCCGUGUUAAGAACGGUAGUUAUUACGCUCUCUUUUCGUGA